GAGUACUCUCCAAUAAGGAGAACUUUCUAACUUUCCCGGAAAAUUUGCAAAUUUUAACAAUCUCUAAAAAACAAAAUGAUCAGGAAUCUGAUACUGACAUCUCUUGUAAUAGUAUGCAUUCAUCUCACUGGUGUUGCCUUGAAAUCGUCUGAUAUUGAUAUAAACUUUAUAGAUAAGCAGCGGAAAGCGCUCCUAGAUAAAGGCAUACAGUGUUCAAUGAAGAAAUACACUCAAAGAAAUCUUGAUCACCUCAGACUUAACUCAAAGAAUUUAGAAUAUACGGUGACAUGUGUUCUAGAAGGUAUGAAAGAAAAAGACCUGCAGACCUCAGGGACAAUGUGGAAUAUACUAGGAACAUUGUUUCAAGAUCUGGGGCAGAAAUCACAAGCAGCAGUUUGCUUCAAACAAGCAGCCAAACUUACUGGAAGGAUAUCUUCUCAUGUAAAAGAGUGGUCAUUCAUAGGGCCUUUUGUUAUUGGGAAAAUCGAAGUGGAUGGUGACCCUGUGGAAGCAUUUGGGGGAAUCAGAAAUGUCUCAAAAACAAGAUUCAAGAAAAAUGUCAAGAUGUUUUCAGAAUUGUUGCCUGGAGGAGAAAUUCAGUGGAAACACAUGAAGCAGGCAGCUGUUGACAAAGCUGUUCAGAUAACUCCUGCAAUCAAUUGGAAUGACUUAGUCAGUUCUUUGGGGUCAAUGGGCAUUACUGAAUGGCAGGGUUGGGUGGUCGGAGAAUUUGAAGUUAAUGAAAAUGACCUUAAUAUACUUAUACAAUGUGUUGGUGUUCAUACUAUCUAUGUAGACAAUAUACCAGUAAGCGGAGAUGUUUAUCAUAGGGAUAAAUACUGGUAUGGGGUCAAACUUGACUCUGGUCUUCAUACAAUUUACAUCAAACUUAGAACGAAAGGAAAUGCUCAAUUUUUAUGUAAACUAAAAGUUCCAAAGAACACCCUUGAAGUGUUGCCUGCUAGUUUUUUGCCUGAUUUGGUUGAUGGAAGACUGUUUAGUCAAUAUCUUACAUUCCCAAUUGUAAAUUAUCAUAGAUCAAAGUAUCUUAAAAUUACAAAGGUUACACUUUCUGAUUUGAAUUCCAAACAAACAGAAAUCCUAAAUACACUUGAAGUUCGUCUCAAAGAUACAAGUGUUCAUAUAGCACCUGGUCAGAUUUAUCCAAUCAUUUUAAAGUUAAAAGUCAAGGGCAUUGACACUAAGGUUAUUUCAGGAUGUUCCUUUCCGGAAUCAUCUUGGGAUAUAGAAUUUAAUUUAAAGUUUACGACAAGUGCAGGUUCUGUUAUGUUGCCAGUACAGCUCCGGUGUCGGACUGGGAUACAGUCAUUUUUGUUCACAUUUAUAGACCAUGAUGGGUCAGUGCAGCAUGCAGCAGGCAUUCAACCGUUACAGGACUGUCCAGGUGGAGUGUGUCCAACUAUGUUAUCACUUCACGGAACGACAAUACCUCCACAGAAUCAGGCUGAUAGCUACAAACAUAUGGUGAAUGGCGAAUUUGUGUUUGGUUUUCCUAAAGCUUGGACAUUAGCUCCUACCAGACAUGGUGCACACAACUGGGAAGGCCCAGGACUGCUGACAGCUAUCUCGGCAUUAGAAAGUCUGGAGGAAAUGACGUCUGCUGCUGACUGGAUUGUCAAUAAAGCAGACAGUAAACGUGUUGUAUAUGCAGGUCAUUCAAUGGGUGGUCAUGGGGCAUGGCAUAUAGCCACACACUACCCUGAUAGAGCCCUAGCACUUGUUGCACUGGCAGGCUGGAUCAAGAAGGAGGAAUAUGGGGAUAGUAACCUGUUUUUCAGACAUGAUAUAGCUACCAGUCAUGUUGAACCGGCUACGAAAUUUAUACUGGAGUCUUGUAUUGUUGAAAAUGAUGCCGAUCAGCAUGUUACCAAUCUACAUGGUGUUCCGGUUGUACUCCGGAUAGGUGGCGCUGAUCGUACGGUUCAUCCAUGGUUUACUAGGAGAAUGUACCGGUUACUUAGUGAGCAAGGGAUGUUAGUUAACUAUACAGAGGUGACUGGAAAAGAACACUGGUGGUGGGAUACAGUAGAAACAAAUGACGGAGGUGCAGUUAAUGAUAAAUACCUGAGAGAUUUUGUCAAUGGUCAUAUAGAAUCUUACCUGAGCAAAUCGGAGGAGACUGGUUUCUGCACUGCUGAAACAUGUGACAGUCCAUCAUCAUCAGGUGAUCAGUACAAGUACCAGUCUGUCUCGUUUAGACUGGUUUGUUAUAACCCUGCUCUUGGAGAGGGCAUGUAUGGGUUAAAGGUCAUACAACAAAUAACCCCUUACAGAAGAUCAGAAUUACAGGUUACAGUGUCGGGUAGCGAAAUUAACAUGGUAUCUCGGAAUGUGUUACGACUCAGCAUCUCAUCGUCUCACAUAAGGAAAAUUCAGUGGCAUCAAGCCAAUCUCAAGAUUGAUGGAACACAGAUUUCUUCAGAUGAAAUGUCACUUUUGAAAGAGAUUGGACAAAUAGAUCUUUGCUAUAAAUCAGGAAGUUGGCAAAAGUGUGAAAACAAUGAUGUACAUAGCCAUACUAGUAGAGGACCCCUUACUCUUGGACCAGCUAGAAGAAUUGCUGAAAAUCAUUUUAAAAUAAUAUUGGGUACACAAGGUUCAGAAGACAGUCAGAUGUACAUCCAGCAGGCAGCUGUAUAUAUCAGUAACCUUUUCUUUCUUACCUCUGACACAAGGACCGAUAUCGUAAAAGACGUAGAUGUUCAGCAAUCGGAUUUAGCUUCGUCAAAUGUAAUUGUGCUUGGAAGUGUAGAUGAAAAUAUUCAUACAAGAUCUCUGCUACACAAUACACCAUUACAAUAUCAUGAAAAUGCAAUAUCUCUUGCUGGAUGCAGGUACUCGUCGCCUCGGACUGGUGUCCUCACUUUGACCCCGAAUGGUGUAAAUCAUUUAGCACUAAUAUUGUUUGGUCUAGACAGAGAAGGAAUGGAAGAUGUUGUUACUUUAGCUGCACCAACUAUACCUCCCAUGACAAGAUCUCCGUUUUCCAAUUUGGUGCCAGAUUAUGUGAUCACAGGGCCAGACUUUGGUCCUAAGGGUCCAGGAGGAUAUUUAUGUACUGGUUUCUAUGGUAACCAAUGGGAAUACAGAGUAGAUUUGUCAUCUUGUGUUUGUUGAUUUACUGUGAUAUAUUACAUUAAUAUUGUAUACAUGUAUUGAUUUCUCACAUUAAAUGUGUGUUUGAAUGUUUGAAUUUUAAUAUAAUUUACAUUUAUUGUAUUUCUUGUUCCUUGCAUGAUAUGUAAUUUCUGUACUGUUUGUAGCUCAAAUUGCAUUUUGAAUGCACCAUUCCAAAUUUAAAUAUUGGCAAAUCCAUUACACAAUUCUGGGGUAAAUUAUUCUUUUAAUCUGACCACUUGAAAUAUUACAAAAUCAUGCAAGAUUUAGCCAUAUUAAUGAACCAUGGUCUGAGAAUUAACUAUUUAGACAAAUUAAUUAAUCAUGAGGACUACCAUUAUGUGUGGUCACAUCAGUAAUUCAGUAUUACAUAUUGUAUUUUUAUUAAUGGAAAACUUUGAAGGUCACAUUGACAAUCAAUAUAAAGGCUUAGAGUUUUAAGUGCUAUUUUUAAGAGGCAUUUUUUCUGUUAUUGAAUGUAUUUUAAUUUUAUUUAUGGUGAAUAAAUUGUGAAAAUAUGACAAAAA